GUCAUCUUUUAGGGACGGGAGGUGAGAGCCGUUGAUGCUGGAAGUGGUGUGUGCCAUGUAACAGUGCCGUGCUCCUGUGCUGCAGUUGCUAAUGGAGCAGGUUGUAUUAAGUCAUGGAGACUCCCUUCUACGCUCUUCUGAUGUUACUCUUCUCGAUGCCCCACAUUGGUUGAAUGAUAACGUCAUCGGCUUUACCUUUGAAUUCUUGGCAUCAUCCUUGGCACCAUCUAUAGCUAAAAGAGUUGCUUUCCUCAGCCCUGAAGUAAGCCAGUUCAUCAAAUGCUGUGGGAAUGAAGCCAAAGAGUUCCUACAGCCACUGGAACUUCCUAACAAGGACCUUGUUUUGUUGCCUGUGAAUGAUAAUGCAGGGUCGGAAGCAGGUGGCACACACUGGAGCCUCCUUGCCUACCUCCGUAAGUUCAAUGGAUUUCUUCAUUUCGACUCUGCACCGGGGACUAAUGCCCCACAUGCCAAGCGCAUGGCAAAAAACCUAGGGAUGUUGCUGGGUGGUAAUCCUCAUUGCCAGGAGGAGAAGGCACCUGUCCAGCACAACAGCUAUGAUUGUGGAAUGUAUGUGGUAUGUGUGGCUGAAGAGCUGUGUGAGCAGUAUUUUCUUGGGGGUAAUAAUCUGAACUUUCAAAAUAUUACACCCCAGUAUGUUACACAGAAGAGGAAAGAGUGGAAAGAGAUCAUCAGGGGACUGAGUUCUAAUUCCACGGCAAGUUCUGACUUUUGAGUUCAGCCAGAUUGCUUAUGCAAGAAGAGAACUUGAAAAAUCAGUUUUGCUUUUGACUACUAUCAGAUCCAAGUUAUGAUCAGAUGCAUUAAAAUUGUUCCAUUACCACA